AUGGGUCCUCAGAUCAAGAUGUUCGCUGGAACACUCUCCGCUUGCGUGCGCCCGACCUUCUCGGCGCCGCUAGCCACCUUUUCUCUAUCACGAUGCUUUUCUACCACUUCGCCUUCGCUUGACUGGCUUACUCCUAAAUUCCAAGAAAGAUCCAAGUCUCCCAAGGGUCGGCCCCAUGUCGCUACCGGUGGUUCAACUCGCGGAACAACGGUCGUCUGGGGAGAUUUCGGAUUGCGCAUGAAAGACCACGAUCGCCGUAUGCCCGCAUCAGCUUUGAAGAUCGCCGAAGAGACUAUUAAGCGUCGGCUACGAGGAAUGAACUACAAGCUCUACAAGCGUGUCAGUGCCAACAUUGGUGUCUACACGAAGGGUAACGAGCAACGUAUGGGUAAGGGUAAGGGAAAGUUCGAUUACUGGACUGUCCGUCUGCCUGUUAGCCGAGUCGUUUUCGAAUUGAAGGGAGACGUUCACGAAAAGGUUGCCCGCGAGGCAUUCAGAUUGGCGGGUCAUAAAUUGCCAGGUCUCUGGGAAUUCGUCAACAAGGACGAUCCCCCUGUUGUCGGUAUUACAAAGCUCGGAAAUGGCGUGACUCUCGAGUCGCUCAAGCGGGCACGCAGAAACCCGCCCCUCGGUACCAAUGACCUCGCCUCACCACCGAAGAGCGUCUCCUCCAGCCCCGAUUCGCCCCAAUAA